AUGGAAAACUUGCUGAGAUCAAAGGAGUACUGGGGCUUGGUGGAGCAAGGUUAUGAAGAGCCUGAAAUAAAGGAGCCACUCACAGGAGCAGAACGUCGAACCUUGGAGGAGCAAAAGCUGAAGGACUUGAGGGGGAAUGCUCGAGUUCAACGAGCUCAACUCCAAAGGCUGUGCAGGGAUUUUAAAAUUCUAGAAAUGCAAAAUGGUGAGUGCGUGAAUGAUUACAUUUCUAGAGUCAUGUUAAUUGCAAAUGAUAUGAGAGGAGCAGGAGAGACCAUGGAGGAUAGACAUAUUGUUGAAAAGAUUCUGCGCACAUUGUCUAACAAAUACAUUUAUAUUUUAUGCUCAAUCGAAGAAUCCAAAGAUAUCAAUGAGAUGACAGUAGAUGAGCUGCACAGUUCAUUACUUGUACAUGAACACAAGAUAAAACGGAAGGAAGUGACUGAACAGGCAUUGAAGGUUACAGGAGACAGCUCUACUCUACGAGCUGAUGAACGAUUCGGUGACAAAGGCAGAGGACGUGGUGGAUAUAGAGGCAGAGGCAGAGCAUUCAAUAAAUCCAUAGUUGAGUGCUAUCGGUAUCACAAGCUGGGACAUUUCCAGUACGAAUGUCCCACCUAUGCUAAUUAUGCAGAACACACAGAGCUGGAUGAAGGAGAAGAGAUGCUGCUUAUGUCAUUUAUGGAAAUUAAUCAAAUGAGUGGAGACAGGAAAUGGUUCAGUGAGGUUGAUCAAUCAUUCAGGCACAAUGUUAAGCUGGGAAAUGACUCCAAAUUGGUUGUCAUGGGAAAAGGCAACAUUCAAAUAAAAAUAGAUGGACGAGUUGUGGUCAUCACAGAGGUAUUUUACAUUCUUGAUCAAACCUACUUAGCAUUGGUCAGCUUCAAAAAUGAAAUCUAUCUAUACUGA